CCGUUUACUCGAGACUGCCCGGAGGGCCGGCGCCGGGGUUCGGUGUCCUCUAGUGAAAUCGAGAGGAUCUAAGGACCCUGUAGCAACAAUGUUAUCAAGACUUUUUCGAAUGCACGGCCUCUUUGUGGCUUCCCAUCCCUGGGAAGUCAUAGUGGGGACGGUGACACUGACCAUCUGUCUGAUGUCCAUGAACAUGUUUACUGGUAAUGAUAAGAUCUGUGGUUGGAAUUAUGAGUGUCCAAAGUUUGAAGAGGAUGUUUUGAGCAGUGACAUUAUAAUUCUAACAAUAACACGGUGUAUAGCAAUCCUUUAUAUUUAUUUCCAGUUCCAGAAUUUACGUCAACUUGGAUCAAAAUAUAUUUUAGGUAUUGCUGGCCUCUUCACAAUUUUCUCAAGUUUUGUAUUUAGUACAGUUGUCAUUCAUUUCUUGGAUAAAGAAUUGACAGGCUUGAAUGAAGCAUUGCCAUUUUUCCUACUUUUGAUUGAUCUUUCCAGAGCAAGCACAUUAGCAAAGUUUGCCCUGAGUUCGAAUUCACAGGAUGAAGUAAGGGAAAAUAUUGCUCGUGGAAUGGCAAUUUUAGGUCCCACAUUCACCCUUGAUGCUCUCGUUGAAUGUCUUGUGAUUGGAGUGGGUACAAUGUCAGGGGUGCGUCAACUUGAAAUCAUGUGCUGUUUUGGCUGUAUGUCAGUUCUUGCCAACUACUUUGUGUUCAUGACUUUCUUUCCAGCUUGUGUGUCUUUGGUAUUAGAGCUUUCUCGGGAAAGCCGUGAGGGUCGUCCUAUCUGGCAGCUCAGCCAUUUUGCACGAGUUUUAGAAGAAGAAGAAAAUAAGCCAAAUCCUGUAACUCAGAGGGUCAAGAUGAUUAUGUCUCUAGGCCUGGUUCUCGUUCAUGCUCACAGUCGCUGGAUAGCUGAUCCUUCUCCUCAAAACAGUACAGUAGAAAAUUCUAAGGUUUCACUAGGAUUGGAUGAAAAUGUGUCCAAGAGAAUUGAACCAAAUGUCUCCCUCUGGCAAUUUUAUCUCUCCAAGAUGGUCAGCAUGGAUAUUGAACAAGUCAUUACUCUAAGUUUAGCUCUUCUUCUGGCUGUCAAAUACAUCUUCUUUGAACAAGCAGAGACAGAAUCUACACUGUCGCUAAAAAACCCCAUCACAUCUCCUAUAGUGACCCAAAAGAAAGUGCCAGACAGCUGUUGCAGACGUGAACCUACACUGGUCAGAAGUAACCAGAAAGUUCACACAGUGGGAGAGGAGACUGGGAUCCACCGGGAAAGCCAAGUUGAAGUUAUAAAACCCUUAGUGACAGUAACUGACACCAGCAGAGCUACAUUUGUGAUUGGUAACUCCUCUGUACUUGAUUCUGCACCAGUACUGGAGACACGGGAAUCUGACAUUGCACUUUCCGAGGAGCCUCGGCCUAAUGAAGAAUGUUUACAGAUCCUCGGUGAUGCAGAGAAAGGUGCAAAAUUCCUUAGUGAUGCUGAAGUCAUCCGAUUAGUCAAUGCUAAGCAUAUCCCAGCUUAUAAAUUGGAAACCCUGAUGGAAACUCAUGAGCGAGGUGUAUCUAUUCGCCGACAAAUGCUUUCCAAAAAGCUCCCAGAGCCUUCUUCUCUGCAGUAUCUACCUUACAGGGACUAUAAUUACUCCUUGGUGAUGGGAGCUUGCUGUGAAAAUGUGAUUGGAUACAUGCCCAUCCCGGUAGGAGUGGCAGGACCUCUGUGCUUGGAUGGAAAAGAGUUUCAGGUUCCGAUGGCAACAACAGAAGGUUGUCUUGUGGCCAGCACUAACAGAGGCUGCAGAGCAAUAGGUCUUGGUGGAGGUGCCAGCAGCCGAGUGCUUGCUGAUGGGAUGACUCGAGGGCCCGUGGUGCGUCUUCCUCGAGCCUGUGACUCUGCAGAAGUUAAAGCCUGGCUUGACACCCCUGAAGGCUUCUCAGUGAUGAAGGAGGCAUUUGACAGCACCAGUAGAUUUGCACGACUACAGAAAAUUCACACUAGCCUGGCUGGACGCAACCUUUAUGUUCGUUUCCAGUCUAGGACAGGUGAUGCCAUGGGGAUGAACAUGAUUUCAAAGGGCACAGAGAAAGCACUUUCCAAGCUUCGCGAGCUUUACCCUGACCUCCAGGUUCUAGCCGUUAGUGGGAACUACUGCACCGACAAGAAACCUGCUGCUAUCAACUGGAUCGAAGGGCGGGGAAAGUCUGUUGUUUGUGAAGCUAUCAUUCCAGCCAAGGUGGUUCGAGAAGUAUUAAAGACGACUACAGAAGCGAUGGUUGAAGUGAACAUUAACAAGAACCUGGUGGGCUCUGCCAUGGCGGGGAGCAUAGGCGGCUACAAUGCCCACGCGGCAAACAUUGUGACUGCUAUCUACAUCGCGUGUGGGCAGGAUGCAGCACAGAAUGUUGGUAGCUCAAACUGUAUAACUUUAAUGGAAGCCAGCGGUCCCACAAAUGAUGAUUUGUAUAUCAGUUGCACGAUGCCAUCUAUAGAGAUUGGAACUGUGGGUGGAGGUACCAACCUGCUACCUCAGCAAGCCUGUUUGCAGAUGCUAGGUGUGCAAGGAGCCUGCACAGACAAUCCUGGGGAACAUGCCCGGCAGCUGGCGAGAAUUGUGUGUGGAACCGUCAUGGCUGGGGAGUUGUCCCUGAUGGCAGCAUUGGCUGCAGGACAUCUUGUCAAAAGUCACAUGAUUCACAACAGGUCAAAGAUAAAUUUACAAGACCUCCAAGGAAGUCGCACAAAGAAAACGGCUUGAAUAGCCUGAUUUUUCUGAACUAAAGCAUAGGCACUGGGUUCUGAAGGACUAACAUAAAAUCUGUGAAUUAAACAGCUCAAUGCAUGUCUUGUUGAGGAUGACUCGACUUGGUCAGGGUGACGGCGGCUUGGCGGGCUCCCUCGGAGGGCUCUGAGGUCCUCUGGCAGGCCUCCGGUCUGAAACCAGCCCAGUGCUUUACGUGCCGUGUCUUUGGGAAGCUCGCAGCAUGGAUCUUGGCGUGAACGCAUCACAGGCAGUCAUCUGCGGCUCCUUUCUGACAGACUCCAAGCUGGGCAUCAAGUGUCUCGAAACUUAGGAAGUUCCUGGUGAUCAGUGUGAAAAUCUUCCUCUGGGUUAAAAAUGGAUUUUAAAAUUACACAGUAGCUGAAAAAACCUCUGAUUUUAUAGUUAAAUUAUUAUUAAGUCUGGGUUAUAGAACUUUAAAUAUAAGAACUAAGUUUAUUUUUUGUGAACUAAAUAACUUCAUUUGGUGCUGGUCUAUCUUGAUUUUUGUUGUUGGGGUGGGGGGUAGCUUCCAAACAUUAUUCUUCAAAGGGGACCUGCUUUCUUCAAACGAAGACUAACUCAUUCCUGACCAACAGAACGUGCUAAUAGUACUCUAGGAAGAGCGUGAAGCACUGCCGUUAUAGCUGCAGGCUGUCUGUUCUGAGGUCUCUUGUCCACACGUACAUGUUUGUCCAGGUUGGCUGUGUCCCCAGAGGGCUUUAUGAAGUGCAGUUUUGUGCUCUGUCCUAAAGAUACAAGGGCUCUUCAUGUUCAAGAGGGUGACUGUUUAUUGAAUAUAAACACACGUGUGACCUCUCUCAGAACUCAGUGUGGAAAACAUGUGUUUAAAAAAACAAAACAAAGCAAAACCAUUCUCUUAAGCCACAUGGAUUUGUUAAAAGUCAUUUUAUUUAGUUGAAAACUCUAGGUAGUUUUUUAUAAACAAUUGUGUCAAAUCUGUAUAUGUUGUAAUAAAGCUGUAUGCAAGGAGUUUAUUGAAAGUGUUCAAGAGAUCACUUUCCCCCCCAAAUCAACCUGCAUGUUGAUAAAACACUCUGUCUGGGCUGGAGAAGAUAGUGAGUGUUAUUUUAUGCUGGCCAGGCCACCCUGGUGUGGGGCCAGCCUAAUACGAGGCAGUCUGCCUGGAGAGCCAGUGACAGAGCCACAGGGAUGGCCCUGGAGGCCUGGGUGUUCGUUGCUCCUGAGCAGUGGGUGGGGGCUGGGGGGGUACUGAAACGUGCACACCGGGCUCUCUGAUGGGCCCAGAGCAGCUCCUAGCUUCCUCGGGCUCAACAACGAUUGUUGAGUCUCAGAUUCUUUUUCUUUUUAAAAUGUGUAAGUUUUGUAUAAACCUUAAAGAACUCUAUUUUGUAUCACCUGACGUUGCCAGUGUUGGUCUUGGAAAGCCGCUCUGUCUCAUGAGCAGGGGCACUUGUGAAACAUUCCACGAAUGCUCUUGGCCACGUGGGGCACUUCUGGGUGGCGGUGGUGUCCGCUGUGUGUUUUGGAGAUUGGCCUUUUCUGUUGUAUGUAAAGUGUCAGUUGCUUCUCUGACUGCAGCCAGUGACUUCUUAUUUCUCUCAAAACUCCACGGAAGUAGCAGUUAGAGUAUUCAUUUUGGCGAAUGUAACCAAUACCAUCCUGCUAAAGGAAUGUUUUGUAUAAUUCCUCAAUUGUAUACCUUUGGUUAUAGAGUGCAUUUUUCCAGUUCAAGUAAAUUAUGAAAAGGAAGUGAAUACUGA